UUUCCCUUACCCAGGCCGCUAUAGGGACAAAAAGUGGCGUGUAUAAAAGGGAGACUACUUCGAUUAGAAUCGUCACAUCACAAUCAUCUCUCUGUUCUCUAAGACAUCAACUAGCAGUGAACACUCAGCUCUAUUACAGCAAGAAUGGUUUCUUUCAAAAUUGCCUUGGUUUUCGCGGUUUUGGUGGCAGUGGCUUACGCCAUGGAAGCUGCCAAUGAAGAUUUGGAAAUGGCCGAGUCUAAAGGCAAGAAACACAUGAGCUCUGGAGGUUAUGGCGGUGGUAGCAGCUACGGUGGCAGCAGCUACGGAGGUAGUAGCUACGGUAGUGGCGGAAGCAGCUACGGCGGAGGAAAGGGCAAAGGAAAAGGCGGAAAAGCCAAAGGUGGUAAAGGCAAAGGAAAGGGAGGCAGCAGCGGCGGCUAUGGUGGCAGCAGCGGUGGCUACGGUGGAAUGGGAGGCGGAUAUUAAUUGCACUCAGGAAGUCUUUUGCAUUUUUUAAUCUACUGCGAUGGUAAAGGCUAUAAGAAAAGGCAGAUAUUAAUAAGCUAGUACACCACAGAAAAACUCUCACUUUGUGACUUUGAUGGAUCAUACAUUCAUACUUCAACAUACAAUAAUUUACCAUUCUACAAUUUAAAACUGUGUUCUGCAUCUCAAGAUUUCUAAAAUACAACGGUGAUUUUUUUAAA